AUGCAGACAGCCAAAACGAAACCAUUUACGCAGGCAGGCAACGAUACUGGUACCGGUACCAGUACUAGAACAUCAGGCCAGUGGUCGCUGGUUCGCUGCUCGCUCGACUUCGGCGUGCUUCCCCGCUACCCCACCUGCCCACGGUCCACGGCCCCACUCAGUGCCAUCAUCUCUCCGCUUGACUUUUCCACUGUGUUCCUUUGCCCCCCUCCGCGCCAUUCGCUCUUCCAUCUGUCUCCCUAUCUGCAUGUCUCACAGAAGAGUCAGAGUCAUAGCAGCCAGCAAACUACCAUCUGCGAGGACCUGGUGGCCAACUUCAGACAACAGUUUCCUGAGGUGGUCGCAGCCACCUCGACAACAGGAGGACCAGCAAGGACAGUGACAACCGGUCAGCCAAGUUUGGCUGGUCCGGAUAGAUCCCAGUCCCUGAGCCAGGAUAUGUUCCGCGAUCAGGAUCCGACUCCCAGAGCCUCCAACGAGCCAUGGCGGUUUACUCCGACAUUACUGGACCCUGCCUCGUUCACCUUUAACUUCGCCAACUACAACUACUACACCGCGACGACCCCUGGAGGGACGAAUACGCUCUACCAUCCCCAGGCCGGCGACCUGCACACGCCGACGCUCGGCCUCGGGAUGGGAACACCGCUAUCCAUGGCAACCUCGGGGGCCGCCAUGCAGCCAGGCGCGACUUCGAUGGACAUGUCGUUCAAUAAUGGCUUUCCGCUCCCUCAAUUUCCCAAUCAGUUCAACCCCUUCGUCCCGACGACUGAACCCCAGCCUUCGCUCGCUCCGUCACAUUUUCUGAGCCAGAACCCUGGCUUUGAGGCCAUGGACCAAGACACAGCGCAGGCAGACUCGGAUCACGACCAAGGCGACGAUCAGUCAAGCACGAUCGAGACUGCCUUUCAGCCUCAGUCGAUUCCCGCGUUCCAGGCGGGGUCGUCCGACGCCGACAGGACAGCUCUACCCCCUGCAUUUGCCGAAAAGUUCCGUUUCCACGCCGUCCUUCACGCCCCGACCGCGAUGAUCAGGCAUCCCGAUGAGAUCCCUGUAACAUAUCUCAAUAAGGGACAGAGUUAUACCAUUACCAUCACCGACACCAACCAGCCUAGUCAGCCCAUUACUCCAGGAACACGCUUCCGUACAUACAUCCGCGUAUCGUUCGAAGAAGAACAGCAACGCCAGAAGCCAAACGUGUACUGGGGCUUGUGGAAGGAGGGUCGCGGUACCAGCGAGGCUCAUCAACGCGGAGGCAAGCUCCAGGCCGUAGAAUACGUAGAAACAUCGUCGUCGCAGGUCGAGGACGACAAGAAGACGCGCAUCGAGCUCGAAAGCUCGUCGUUCGACGGUUUCGCGGUCGUCUGGACGCCCCCGGCGUGCGACUCCGCCCCUGAAUGUACCAUCACCGUCCGUUUCAACUUCCUAUCCACCGAUUUUAGUCACUCCAAAGGUGUCAAGGGUAUACCUGUGCGGUUAUGUGCCAAGACCCAGCAGCUUCCCCCAUCACAAGACUCGGCUGCUGCCUCGUCCUCGGAUUACUCACAAGAAAACUCGGCCUACGAAGCCGAAAUCAGCUACUGCAUGGUGAAACUCUUCCGUGACCACGGUGCUGAGCGCAAGCUGUCCAACGACGUGGCCCACGUCCGCAAGAUGAUCGACAAGCUUAAGCAGCAGAUCGCGCAGGCCGAGGCAGGCAUGAAAGACGGCUCAAAACGGAAACGGAGCGCUGCGUCCCAGGCGCUAAAGGGAGCGCCUGACCUCCAGCGCCCUGGGAAGGUGCCCAAACAUAAGCGCUCGUGGUCUAUGUCAUCUGUUAGUAGCGCCACGGAUUCGGGACAACAGAGCCAGGGACAGCAGGGACAGCAGGGACAGCAGCAGCAGAGGAUGAGUUCCCUCGAGGAGGAUCUCAAUGCCAAGUUGCAGUCGUUGCAGGAUAUGUUUACCAGCACGCGGCCCGUGUCGGUGUUUAGUUUGCGCGGCGACGCUUUGGAUGAUCCCGACCUGCACCCCGUCACCUUACCAGGCACAACCAGCGACGUGCACAUCGACUUCCGAGACAAUAGCGACUGGCGCAGUCACCGCUCAUCGAUCGCCGCCGACUCCUCGCUCUUGUCCCUCUCCCCCAGUUCAGCAUCCAUCAACUACCCUCAGCAAGCACAAGACGGCAACUUCGACCCUGACCAGCAGACGACUCGAGUGCCGAGACUCAACUCGAAUGGAACGUCGAUUACGGGAUGGAUUGAUGCCCUUGGCGUGGACCCGUCGUAUCGUCCGCCCCCAAGGCAGACUCCCAAGCCGGUGGCGUGUUUCUAUGUUGCUCGGAGGAGUGAUGGGCAUGAAGCCUCAGGAGAGAAGAUGGUUUACCGUGCCGUAUACUUGUUCAAGAGGACGGUUUCUGACCUGGUGGAGAGGUUAGCGGGCAAGUUUGGGGGGUUCGAUGCCAGGCUAGUUAGCCGGGUCGUUCGGGAGGUCGAAGGGAAAGGCUUGGAAGUCAUCGUUGAUGAUGAUGUCGUCAGGGAAAUGAACGAGGGGAUGGAUUUCGUGAUGGACGUGCGGCAGAUUCCGAGCAAUAAUGGAGUGAAUGGGAUGAAUGGUAAUGGAAGCGGGGUCAAGAGGGAGAACUCGGAGAGCGAGUGGGGGGACGAGAUGGUGCUGGAUAUGGAUGCUGAUGGGGAGGCGGAUCCCUUAUCGGAUGAUGGUUCGAGUCCUGGUGGAGGGGUGAGAGGGGUGAGGUAUGAGAUUCGGUUAAGGUGGUGA